AUGCUUCCUUACAUGUUUGCAUUCGCCGCCGUUGUGUCUGGCGCAAAGGUCCAGCGGAGACAAGACAGUUGUUCCUCCACCAUCACACUAUCCACUCUCUCCGUCACCACUGUAGAACCGAUCUCGAUCUACAUCUUGCCCGGCCAACUCGCUCCGACGGGGACCAGCAACAACGAGGAAGCCGUUACCAUCGUUUAUCAGACUGUGUAUGCCACAUUCUGCCCCAACUGUCCAGGGGGCUUGCAGGCACAGACAUAUACCGUCACACAAACAUGCACCGGCAACAUCGCUUCAUGCCGGCCACUCGGCAAUGUCUUGCCUGCGGGCUUCACAACGACGCAGGCCACCUGUACCGACUGCCCGACUCCCUUCAGCGCGAUCCUGACUGUCCCGACUCCUGAACCGACCGACGUAGUCGUUACUGAGACAGUUCUCCAAACCAUCACCGAGCCCAGCCUGACCACCACGCGUGCUGUCGUCCGAACUUACACGACCGCGCCCGCCUUGCCCACAACCGCGCCCUCGUUAUCUUCGAUUAGCUACAACGGCCGCGUCCAGACCUUUGACGUAGGGAACUUUGCCGAGGCCAUCACCGCGACCGCCACGGUUAUCGUGACGCAGGAGAAGACCGCCACCGCGACCGUGACCGUGGACGCCAAUGGGGACUUCAAGCCGGUCGGCCUCAACAGCGGAGCGGGACGGCUUGUCUCCUCGGACAGGAUAUUGGUGUUUGGCAUGAGCGCCUUUGUUCUUUUGUUGCUUGCUUCUUCAUGA